GUUUUUUCUUUACCUCAGCAACAAGCUGUCAGUGGAGAGGCCGGCAGAUCUGUCACAUCUCAGUGGCUAUGAGAACAACACGCCAGUGCCUCUGAUGAGAUAAUCGAGCGGCCAGCGUGGUGACGGGAUCCCCGGCUGAGAGAUGGCCUUCUUCAAGAGCUUCCAGCAGAACCUCCCAUCUGUCAACAUUUCCUCCCUGCUGGACUCGGUCACCAGCCGCGUGGAUGACUUGGCCAACGCCGUCAGCGGCGUCACAUGCGCCGUCAGCGACCAGCUGACGGAGCAGGUCACCACGAUCAUCAGCAAGGUGGAAGACGGUGAAACCAGUGGUCAGGAGUCUGGCCAGAGCGCCGCGGCACAGGAAGGAGGGAGCAAAGCCGGCGGCGCAGCCUCAAAGGCCAACCAGUCCGAGGCCAACGAGGCGGAGAGCGCUCCGAGCCAGCUGGAGUGGGAAUGGAGGGACGGAUGCUGGCGAGUGAAAAAGACAGAAGCCGUGUUGGCAGUGGAAGAGAAGAGGAAGGAGGAGGAGAAGGAGCUGCAGGAGAAGAAAGAGCAGAGGAGAAAAGAAAGGAGAGAAAAGCAGCUGGAGAAAGAAGCCGUGGCACGGAAAACGAAAGAGGAGUCCAAAGAUGGAGAGCAAGAAGAGGAGGCCGAUGCUUUGGAAGAGAAAGACAACAGUGGCAACAAGACAACAAGACAACAAGACAGGAGGUUGAGUGUCGGCUCCGCCGCUCCACCUCCUCCAUCACCGGGUCGAGAAGAAGAGGUAGAGGUGGCGGACAGCCUUGAGAGAGAGGGAGAUGACGAGGAGGAGGCGGAGCUUUCUAGAUCUUCCUCAACGGCGAAGAAGAAAAAGUCAGAGAAGAAGAAGAGGAAAGGAGUGAAGGAGAGUCCGGAGAGAUUGGAAGAGGCCUCUGACGUGGAGAAGGAGAAAGGGAAGAAAGAGAAGAAAAGCAAGAAGAAGAAAAAAGGAAAACAAGAGGGCGUUUUAUCCAGCGAGGAGGACCUGAACACAACGUCUGCGUGGAGCAACGCGCGCACAAAGUCCACGGAGCAGGGAGGCGACGGCAGUGACGCCUCCAGCGAACGGGCAGCCAACAGGAUCCAGAGAAAAAAGAUCCGUUCCUCCGUCAGCGAGCCCCGGCCUCCUCCGUACCGGCGCGAGGGCUCGGCGCCGCGCGCGACCUCUCGCUCGCGCUCGGAGCGGGAGGUCACGAGAAGGUCGUCCACCCAGCGCUGCGACAGCGAGGCCAGCGAGGUCAGUGUGGACCAGGACACCGAGAGCUACCUCAACAAAGGAUGUGAGGAGGACAUACCCAGUGACAGCACCGCUGUGCUGGGCCCAGAGGACGGCUCCGGUCUUCAGCUCCCUUCGCCCUACGAGCCAGAACCACUUGCCAAAUACGGCACACUGGACGUCGCCUUCGAGUACGACUCCGGUGAGCAGUGGUUGGCGGUCACCGUCACCGCGGCAACAGACAUCCCCGCUCUCAAACAGACGGGCAACAUCGCGUGGCAGGUCCACCUGGUCCUGCUGCCCACCAGGACGCAACGGGCCAAGACCGGCGUGCAGAAGGGUCCGUGUCCCGUCUUCACGGAGACUUUUAAGUUUUCCAAACUGGAGCAGGAGGCCCUGGGGGACUACGCCGUUCGCUUCCGCCUGUACAGCAUCAGGCGGAUGAAAAAGGAGAAGGUCCUGGGAGAGAAGGUGUUCUACCUGACGAAGCUCAACCUGCAGGGCAAGAUCGCUCUACCCGUCACCCUGGAGCCGGGCUCUGAACUCACCGGUUGCGGCUCGGUGGUGAGCGUUUCCCGCAGUGCCGGCGCUCUGUCCUACCGCUCCACUGAAGACUCUUCCUUGCCGGAGCUGCUCCUGGGUCUCCUCUAUAACUCCACCACGGGACAGUUAUCCGUCGAGGUCGUCCAGGGAAGCCACUUCAAAACCACGGCGUCCGAUAAACCCGUCAACGGUCUGUUCUGUUGUGUAAAACACUUCGUAGGGGGGCAGCUUUAUAUCAUGAGAGACACCUACGUGAAGCUGACCAUGCUGGACUCAAAGGGGAAACGGAUGUCCAAGUUUAAGACGGCCGUGUGCCGCGGCCAGCCCAACCCCACCUACAAGGAGACGUUUCUGUUCCAGGUGGCGCUCUUCCAGCUCUCCGAGGUGUCUCUGGUGUUGUCGGUGUUCUGCCGCCGAAGCAGCAUGAGGCCCAGGGAGAGGCUGGGCUGGGCCUCGCUGGGCCUCAACAGCACCGGCGAGGAGCAGCAGAGCCACUGGACAGAGAUGAAAGAGGCGGAGGGUCAGCAGACUGACUAUUGGUGGAGGCGUCAACUCCUGCGCCGGCCUUUCUGUCGACGCACAGAGGCAGACCGAGGGUUCCCGGUAGUUCUGCCCACAGCGAGAUCUGCAUGUACACCAACCGUUUACAGGACAAUGUUCAGACACUUCCAAACACUUUGUGUCUCCGGACCUUGGACCAAAGAGCUCGGUCUAGCAGACUCCUCCCCGUUUCUCCUGGGCUUCAAUGGCCACCAGCAUACCAGACAUUUCUCUAUCAGUCAUAGCCAUUGACAGAAGAGAAGGCGAUGAGAAGACUGUUACCCAAGGGCCUAGAACACGCUGCAACUCUGCUUACAAGCAACGCUUUGUACAGUUUGUUUACAUGCACAUGACAUUAUGCAAGAUCCAUUCAUUGGUUUCCCCUUUUAUGUUUUUGCAUCAUCAGUCAAAUGGUUUACCAGAUUUAUGGGUGUCUCUUUGGGUUAUGUGUUACACAAAGACUGCUUUUCUUUCUCUUUUCUUUCUUCUUUUCUUGUGAUCUUGCAUAACCCGGUACACUAUGCAUCUGACGCCACUUUAAACGAGAGGAAUGUAAUUCUGUCGUGUGCUCUCCGAGUCUCGGACAGAAUUGGACACGGCUCUGCAUGCCGCUGGUAUCAAAGAGCGGCUUCCUCUCCUGCCUCAUACAGAUUGAGCUCCGUUUCACCAUGCCGCCUUCUGACAACUCCAUGUUCAUUCAUGCAGAAACACGGUGCUUCCCGCUGAGGGGGAAUAUGCAAAAGUCAAUUCCUCCUCUAAUAAACCUGGCUGUGUCGCCAAAGACGGAGGCAGUGCCGACGACAGCGAUGCUGGAUGGGAGUUGAGCUGCAGUGGCAAAAUCAAAUUACUGCAAAAAAAAGAA